GACACCUCGCGCCGCCCGAAAAUGGCUAGCCUCAUGCACCUGGUCGUCCACAAUUACAAUGAACUCAUACAACAUAAAAAACACCCCCUGGUGGACCAGUGGCUGCUGAUGGACUCGCCGGUGCCGCUGCUGCUCAUCCUGGGCUUCUACCUGUACUUCGUGCUGAAGCUGGGGCCCGCGCUCAUGGCCCACCGCAAGCCCUUCGAGCUGCAGAAAGUGCUCAUCUUCUACAACGCCUACCAGGUCGUCUUCAGCGUGUGGCUGUGCCUAAUGCCAGUUCGAGUGGGAGCGAUGGAUUAUCUUUUUAAGCAUGUCUGUCAACCAAUGGAACACAGAAAUCCAUUUGCGUACCAGGUGUCGAGUGGGGCCUGGUGGUACUUCUUCUCAAAAAUUAUUGAGCUUCUAGAUACGGUGUUCUUUGUAUUGCGGAAGAAACAAAGCCAAGUGACUUUCCUGCACGUGUAUCACCACACAAUUACUGCACUUUUCUCUUGGGGAUACCUCAAGUUUCUGCCAGGUGAACAAGGCGUCGUUAUUGGAGUGCUUAACUCUUUUGUGCACGUGUUCAUGUACACAUACUACUUGCUGGCAGCCCUCGGCCCGCGCUAUCAGAAGUACCUUUGGUGGAAAAAGUACAUGACUUGGAUCCAGCUCGGGCAGUUUUGCAUCAUGUUAAUGUACCUGCUAUUCCUUUUGGCCUACGACUGUGAGUUCCCGAAGGCGCUGACAUUCUUCUUCGUAGGAAACGUGGUGAUCUUCCUGUACCUGUUCUUCGACUUCUACAGAAAUGCGUACAAGAAACGCGCCUGACAUUUUAGCCCACACAGCGCAUAAGCUUCACAGACGCCAGCUUUAAGCAAACUUGAGAAGUGUGCUGUAUCUCCCAUUGUAAAUAGUGCCAUCACAUGUGUAUCGGUUAGAAGCUAAGUACGAAUCACUUUCACCUCUGCUAUACUGAUUCAUUUCUCUGUUAACAUUCGGUCAGUAUACAGAACACUCAUUUCUUUAAGUGUGCCGUAUUUAUUGCUAUCGGCUUUCGUAGGAACUGGUUCACAGAAUGUGUUU